AUUAAAUUGUUAUCACAUAUGUCAGCAAAUGCUGAUGAUAUUAGUCUAAUUUCCUUCCACCAUGCACUAGUUAAAAUUAGUUUAACUAUUAGAAAUAAUAUGUAAGCUUCGUGCUAUGUCUGCCGCAUAAACGUUGCCACCAAUGGGCAAGUCUAGUGAACAGCUGUAGUUAGUGUUUAUUUUUCGUUCGCUCGCGGUUUUCACCUGUUUGUAGGGCGCAUAAUUGGUAAUUAAAUUAGUCCAAUGAAAUAAAUGCUGUAUAAACUAGGAAGGAGCACGGACAUAUAAAAACCCUGCAAUUAAAUCUGUGACCCAACGUGACAACCAUUUUCUAUGAAUGUUUCCCCGCCUGCUUGCGAUAACUAAUCGCCCUGCUAAUCUCCACAGGUCGUUACUGAUAAGCGCCGAAAUCGGCUAAACUUUGGAAUUGGAGCUCAUUUGCUUUUUGGGCACUUUAGAGCGCAGAAAUGGACUCGGAAGACAAUUCAAAUGGCGGAAGCAUUACAGGCAGUGAUCUUGGCCAGCGAUAUCGGCAUGCAGGCGACUUAACUGGCGAAGCCCCAACCAGACCGUUCGCCGAGAUCAGCAUUACGGUUCCAUGGGGACACAUAUCCGGAAAGUGGUACGGUCCGCAGAAUGUCCAACCGAUUUUGGGACUCCACGGGUGGCAGGAUAAUGCGGGAACGUAUGAUCGCCUAAUGCCACUAUUGUCGCCGGACGUGGCUUUCCUCUCGAUCGAUCUUCCUGGCCACGGGCUAUCAUCCAGAUUGCCUGAUGGCUGUUACUACAACUCCGUGGAUAAUUUGUAUGUGAUCCGCCUGAUCAUGAAGCAGUACAAGUGGGAGAAGGUGUCCCUGAUAGGACACUCAAUGUCGGCCAUUAUUUGCUUUGUUUUCGCCGCAGUCUUCCCGGACAAGGUGGACAUGAUUGUUGGGAUUGAUGCCCUAAAACCUCAUCAACGUCCGUAUCCGUCGGUCAUUAGGACCAUGGAAACCCGUUUGGAUGAGUUCUUGCGCGAAGACGAAAGGAACCGGAGUAAGAACGAGCCGCCGAGCUACACCUACGAUGAACUUAUUGAGAGGGUCUAUAUCGGCACCUUCCAUUCGGUGAACAAGGAGCACUGCAAGCAUUUAAUGGCUCGCAACAUUGGCAAGUCGGAGAAGUACCCGGAUAAGUACUUCUUCUGCCGCGAUCGGCGUCUCAAGUUUUACAAUUACGCCAUUGGGUCCCAGGAGCUGUGUGUGGAAAUGGCCAAUCGGAUCACAUGUCCUUACUUGUUCAUCAAGGCCGCCCAGUCCUCGUAUUUCGAGGAAAAGAAGUAUUACGACGAAGUGCUGGAUGUGCUGUUAAAGAAGCCAAACUUUGAGUACCUGGAGGUUAAUGGCUCGCACCAUGUGCACAUGAACGAUCCAGAGGCCAUUAUUACGCCGGUCAACAACUUUAUCCAGCGCUUCGGACCGGCGGCAGCGGCUGCAUCCCGACAGAAGGCCAAGGAGGCGAAGGAGAGCAAGCUUUAGGCCAAUACAGUGGUAAAUAGAGCUUAUUUAUUGUUGUACAGAUUGAACAGGUUUUUAUACUUAAUUGUUUAUGCUAUGUGAUCGCGGCAGAAGACUCGACUUUGCUAUAAAUAUAUAAUGUACAUAAGCCGAGAGGUUUUUCGAGUCCGA